AUGUCAAUGAAACUAGUAACAGCAAUCUUAGCCUGUUUUCUAGUUCACACUGCACCUAGUGCAGCAGCUUUUGAUGAUGUUGGGUUCAUCUAUCAGGGAUUUCAGUCAUCAAAUCUAAGCCUGGAUGGAUUAACCAAAGUCACCGAUAAUGGCCUCCUAUGGAUAACCAACACCACCAAAUCACAAAGUGGGCAUGCCUUCUAUCCUAAUCCCAUCAACUUCAAGAGCGCAUCUAAUAGUUCAGCUUUCUCCUUUUCCACCCAAUUUGUGUUCGCUAUAAUACCCGAUGUCCCAGGCAAACACCGAUGGAAAUCAGAAAAAUCACUUUUCGCUGUGGAGCUUGACACCUUUCAGAACCCAGAUUUUGGAGAUAUUAAUGCCAAUCAUGUUGGUAUCGAUAUAAACUCUGUGAGGUCCAAGGUAUCAAGGCCAGCAGGUUACCAAGCUAAUAACAAGAAUUCAUUUGACAACUUAACUCUUAGCAGCGGUCAACCGAUGCAACUUUGGGUGGAAUACGAUGGGAUUGAUAGGAGAAUCGAUGUUACGUUAGCCCCAAUAGCGGCCGCCAAACCACAUACUCCUCUUUUCUCUUUGCCAUAUGACCUUUCGCCGAUUUUAGUGCAAAACAUGUAUGUUGGCUUUUCUGCUGCCACUAGCCCAGUAGAAAGAGGAACAUCUCAUUUUAUACUUGGAUGGAGCUUCAGGAUGAAUGGUGUUGCGCAAGCUCUUGAUCUCUCUCGGCUCCCUAAGCUACCUCGGUCUGGACAUAAGAAAGUGUCUAAAUUUUUCACCGUGGGAUUGCCCCUGAUUUGUUUACUUUUGUGUUUAAUAUUAAGACCUGGAGUAGCUUUUUAUCUAAGGAGAAAGUGGAAGUUUGCUGAAGUGCUGGAAGAAUGGGAGCUUGCUUAG